AGCCAAAAUGAGACCUCGACGGCAGAGGUCUCCACAGCGAAGCCUGGAACUUUGCGAAAUCUGCACGCGACGCCACAGUCACACAGCGCGACAGAGCCCUGUACGUCAUCGUUCCGCGACGCCGACGCGGUGAGAUGACGCCCUCCCGGAAGUGGCCUGUAGGUCGGUAUGUGAAACUGGUAGUCGACGGCUCCUGGGACCAGAGCCCGCGAGGUAGCGCCUGGACUAUUUUUCUACGUAUUCUCUUGAUCCUGCCGAAGUCUUCCAGAUCCGCGUAGUGAGGAAUCGUCUCCACCAUCAUGGGGGGCGGAGACCUGAAUUUGAAGAAGAGCUGGCACCCGCAGACCCUCCGGAAUGUGGAGAAGGUGUGGAAGGCCGAGCAGAAGCAUGAGGCUGAGCGGAAGAAGAUUGAGGAGCUUCAGCGGGAGCUGCGAGAAGAGAGGGCCCGGGAAGAGAUGCAGCGUUAUGCUGAGGAUGUUGGGGCCGUCAAGAAAAAAGAAGAAAAGUUGGACUGGAUGUACCAGGGUCCUGGUGGGAUGGUGAACCGUGAUGAGUACCUGCUGGGACGUCCCAUUGACAAAUAUGUUUUUGAGAAGAUGGAGGAGAAGGAGGCAGGCUGCUCUUCUGAAACAGGACUCCUCCCAGGCUCUAUCUUUGCCCCAUCAGGUGCCAAUUCCCUUCUUGACAUGGCCAGCAAGAUCCGGGAGGACCCACUGUUCAUCAUCAGGAAGAAGGAGGAGGAGAAAAAACGAGAGGUAUUAAAUAAUCCAGUGAAAAUGAAGAAAAUCAAAGAAUUGUUGCAAAUGAGUCUGGAAAAAAAGGAGAAGAAGAAAAAGAAGGAGAAGAAAAAGAAGCACAAGAAACAUAAGCACAGAAGCUCGAGUAGUGAUCGUUCCAGCAGUGAGGAUGAGCACAGUGCAGGGAGAUCUCAGAAGAGGAUGGCAAAUUCCUCCCCUGUUUUGUCCAAAGUCCCUGGAUAUGGCUUACAGGUCAGGAACUCUGACCGCAACCAGGGUCUUCAGGAUCCUCUGACAGCCGAGCAAAAGAGAAGGCAUGGGAUGAAGAACCAUUCCAGAUCCAGAAGCUCCUCCUACUCACCCCCCAGACAUGCCAGCAAGAAGAGUACCAGGGAAGCAGGGUCCCGGGACAGGAGGUCUCGAUCCCCGGGCAGAAGGUCAUGGUCCCCAAGGCCCAGCAAACCGCACAACUCUAAGGUGAACAGGAGAGAGACAGGCCAAACUAGGAGCCCAUCACCUAAAAAAGAGGUCUACCAACGGCGACAUGCUCCCGGAUAUACCAGAAAACUCUCCGCAGAGGAAUUAGAGCGAAAACGGCAAGAGAUGAUGGAAAACGCCAAAUGGCGGGAGGAGGAGAGACUGAACAUCCUCAAGAGGCACGCUAAAGAUGAGGAACGGGAGCAGAGGCUAGAGAAGCUGGACUCCCGGGAUGGGAAGUUCAUCCAGUGAGUGCAUCUUCUUCCU